AUGGAGCAGGGUACUCAUAUUAUCGACCCGGAAGGCGAAGUGAUAAUCAUCGUGCGUAAUCCAAUGCACCUUUCGCAGUCUGGAAUGAUGAGAGUGCUCCAGUUGAUGAGCCUGUCGAUUCCCGUGGACAGUAUACCGUCUAAAGCCGACGUCCGCAUUCAAGUGUCCGCAAAACACUUGAUGCUGGCCUCUCCCGUGUUCAAGAAAGCCUUGACUGGCAAAUGGAAGGAAGGUUCAACAUUUGUUGGAACCGGAUCAGUCGAGAUUACCACUGAGAGCUGGGAUGUUGAAGCUUUCUUGAUCCUCCUUCGAAUCCUCCAUUGCCAGCAUCACAAGUUGCCAAAGAGGGUGAGCCUCGAGGUCGCUGCUAAGAUUGCUGUUCUCGCAGACUACUAUGAAUGCAAUGAUCUUGUGGGAUUCAUCCGUGAUGCGUGGAUCACCUGUCUGAGAGAGGAACUUCCAAAUACAUACUCACGGAACUUGAUCAUGUGGCUAUGGAUCGCUUGGUACUUCAAUACCACGAAGUUCAAGAAAGCGACCUCCAUUGCCAUGUCGCAGAGCAAGGAUGAGAUCGAUGCACUGGAGUUGCCGAUUCCAGCACGCAUCAUUUACGAGAUGAACCAGAAAAGGCAACAGGCUAUAUGCAAGGUCAUUCUUCAACUUCAGCGAGAACGUGAAGCGUUCAUGACAGGAUCUAAAGGUUGCAGCUUCGAGUGUAUCUCCAUCAUGCUUGGUCUAUCACGAAGCAAAUGCUUUCAAAGGGCCUCCUCGAGUCAGAGGUCAAAUUCUAUUACAAGGGUUGCAAUGUCACAGGCUUGA